AUGAAAGUUGUUGUGACAAAUGGCUUAAAGAAGGCGAUCGGGAAUUCCCUCACUGCUCCAGACACCAAACUUUCGGCAUUGGAAGCUGAUACUUUAGAUCAUACUCAACUAUUGAAAUGGUAUCGACACUCGGACGAGCCUCGAUCACUUUUCGAAGUUUUGCACUCGACACGUUUGAUUUUACCCUCGAUUCCUCGUGAAGAACCGAUCCCCAAGUCGCCAGAGUAUGAAUCAAUGAUGACAAAGCUUCGGCUCAGACAAGCUGAGAUUGAGUAUCAACGACUCAUAAAGCCAAAGCCACAAUUUCAAACUCUUCAUGAAGAGGAUAUUUUAUCGACGCUGCUGGCAGCGCAACAAACGAAGGAAGCUAAAAACCAAAUAACAACAAUUGUUAACAUUCUCGUAUCAGUUGCAAGCGUUGCUUAUGCUGCCUGGUAUUGGACAGGAUCGUCGUGGGGACUUCAAACUGUAUGGCGAGUUUUAUUGAUGGUGUUAGCAGGUUUAUUGGUGUUAAUUGCCGAAGUUGUUGUGUACAUGGGUUACGUUAGACGUGUUCAUGAGGCCCGUACCCGUGAGCAAGCGAAAGUAGAAGUGAAAAAGGUACUCGAGCGUUUAUAG